AUGCAUAUAGGGAAUGUGGAAGAUUUGGGGGCGCACCAGAGCUUGUAAACCCAAAUCGACGGUGCCCGGAUGCCGGGUUCCGAUUUCCCGCAGACCCCUGGCACAUUUACGCUCUCCGAGAAGAUGAUGCCCCUUUGCUGGUGCCCGGGGGACCCCCGAACGGCGCCCCCCAACCCAGGCCGGGUCACGGAGGUCCGCAAGGUGCCCAGGGCCCCCUCUCGCCUGGCCAGCACCCCUUUCCUGCAAGCUUCGCACUUCCAGCUGGGCGGUGACCGUCGCCCAGAAGGUGCCACCCUGAUCUCGCCUUACCGCAUUGACUACCCACCGCGGUGGGGCAGCUUCCGCAGCCAGGCCAUCCGGCCCCCCAAGUGCGCGGGGGUCCUGAACCAGGACAUGGACCCCUCCGCAUGGGACACCCGCUCGGAGACCUACGUCUCGUACCCUCCCCGGGGCCUGGAGGCGAAGGUGCCCGCCCAGCCGCCCUCGCCCCACCUGCAGAUGCACCGAGACCCUCGCCAGGGCACUGGCGCCUCCGUCACCAGGGACAGCUACCCCUACCCGCCCCCCCUGCCCCGCGACACCCCCCGGCGGGUGGACAAGUGGGACGACAGCGUGCCCAGCGGGGACAAGGAGAAGCAGCCGCUGCCCGCCUCGCUCUACCAGGAAUCGUACCCCAGCCACGGGAGGACGGAGCCGGCCGAAAAGGCGCCCAGUCAACACCUGGGAGAGAAGUCUCCCCUGAGAGGGCACGGGUGCCACGAUUUUGGGACCACGUACCAGACUUACUACACGGGGCAAUGGGCGCCACCUGCCGAAAAGCACUUCGACGAGGUAAAGCCUACGGGACCCUGGAAAAACCGGCUGCCCCGGGCAGCGUGGAGUAGUGGUUAG